AUGAAUGAGGUACCCGAGCUCUUCAAGCAAGUCUGACCAAGAAACUCAGAACUAUCGAGACUCUGCUGGGAUCCGGGAUCCGGGUGUAGUUUCUUUGAGGUGCCUCAGACAGAUCCGAGUGAGAACAGCCAGCUGGGGUCUGAUAACGAGAUCGGCCGGGACGGGAGGCAGGCACGGAUCUACCCUGCACGCUCCAGCGGCGAAUGCAUUCCAACGCAAGGGUUCAAGGGAGAGAAAGACAGACAGGGACAGGGUACGAGCCGGACCCAUCCAAUAGGUCCUUCGACUCAGUGUGCAAGUCUGGGUGACAGAAAGAGAAAGUUUGGAGGAUUCCAGCACGUCUAGCCAACCAGCCAUCCGGCGAGUGUUGCCCUGCAGACUGCCGCUCUGCUGAGUUUCGGAGGCGCAGCCAUUCGCCGCCACAAUGGAGGCGUCUCUGGAAAACUUCACGUCGGAGAAACUUUUCUCAAGUUCGGCUCUUCUGGAUUUGGAAGACUUGAGCGAGGCGGACUUUCUCGGCAAUGUGCAUUUUUCUGAAAAUAUGGAAGACCUCUCCAAUGAAUUAUUUAGCAGCUUCUUCGAGGACCCCCUCUUAGCAGAGAAGAACCCCUUGCUUGACAUGGAGUUAGACCCCACAACACCUCAUAUCCAAGCGGAGCACAGCUACUCUUUAAGUGGAGACUCUGCUCCCCAGAGUCCCAUCAGCUCGAUUAAAAUGGAUGAUUCAGACCAAGAGUCUGACAACAGAAUGUGGACCCUGGGUCAGGACCUCUCUGAAAUCCUGCUGAAACAGGAGUCGGCGCAGCUGAUGGAAUCUGCCCCCAAACCUGUGGCUUCCAAUGCUGCACAGACCCUCAGUCUGGCUGUGCUUCCCAGGCUUAUCCCUUCAGAGGACAUGAUGGGGGAGGAGAUGAAUCCACUGCCACCAGUGAAGGUCGAACCUAGAGAAACUGCGCAAGGCCUGUGCAUUUCACAAGAAGAGCAGGUACAACUGCCUCCCACCCCUCCCAGCAGCCAUAGUAGUGACAGUGAUGGAUCCCAGAGCCCCCGCUCUAUGCCACCUUCCAGCCCCGUGAGGUCACAGGCAAGAACAUCUACAGCCAUCUCUUCAUCUCCACUCCUGACUGCACCACAUAAGCUGCAGGGCACAUCUGGACCACUGAUGCUGACGGAGGAGGAGAAACGAACCCUUAUAGCAGAGGGAUAUCCUGUCCCCAAUAAACUGCCACUUACCAAAGCCGAAGAGAAGGCCUUGAAAAGAGUUCGGCGGAAGAUUAAAAACAAGAUCUCUGCUCAGGAGAGUCGUCGGAAGAAGAAAGAAUAUGUCGAGUGUCUGGAAAAGAAGGUGGAAACAUUCACAUCGGAGAACAACGAGCUGUGGAAGAAGGUGGAAAGCCUGGAAAAUGCCAACAGGACACUCCUCCAGCAGCUGCAGAAGCUCCAGUCUCUAGUUGCUGGAAAGGUACCACGGUCAUGCAGAAUGGCCUCAACACAGACUGGAACAUGCAUCAUGGUGAUGCUCCUUUGUUUUGUGUUGGUUUUGGGAUCCUUCAUGCCUUGCACCGAUUUUCCCCUUUCGCAGGGCUCAACUUCUCCUCCGCUGUCCUCAGCAGACAGCUAUGCUGCAAGUCAGAUCCGUUCCAGAAGCCUUCUGUUCUUUGAGGAAGGAACAUCUCUGGAGGAUAAUUUUGCUACCUUUGUGGCAGCAGAAGGGGCAGACACUUGGGAGACCAAACCCCAAGACUCAAUCCGAGAGUCUGUCCUGUCAGAAAGACAGGAGCUGGCUACCAGGCAUAGGACCCCUGUACACGAGGCAGCUAAAUACUUAAGGAAAACGCACAUCGGUAUGUGGGGCUUCAACAGAUCAGUGCCUCGAGUGAGUGGCCAGGAGCGUGUCUUCCAAAGGGAUCUGACCUUGGACAGCUCUGCUGAAUACUUAUAAGUUUGCCACUGAGCCUGCAUCCACCCAGCUUUGUCUCUUUUUCUUAUUGCCUACCACCUAAGAGCUGUGUGCUGCAGCAGCGUGGCUGAUGUGGCCAUUAACCAUAAGAAGAGGAUGAAUUGAAGCAGAGUGGAUGAAGGCCUCCUUUCCAAAGCUGCGCUUGCUCUCUCUGCUUCUGCAGCAGGUGGCGGAAAUGGACAGGUGCUAAAGCCACACUGAAGCAACAGGUGUCAUCUUAUAUCAGUGGGGUCUCACAAGGUUCCAGCCAGCUGGGACGCCAGGCUGGUCACAUAAAUAUGCACUGGCAGAGGGACACAGAGAACCAAGAGACUGUCUGCUCAACUUCCCAAAAUUAUGGCGUUUCCUUGCUGCUACUUUUUCUUCAUUUUGGUUUUAUCAAAGUAGCCCUAAGGAUUUCAGCAGUCUCUCUGUCUUUUUCUUUCACUGAUAUAACUUGGGGCAGAUGCCCUUUCUAGAAGGUGUCUGGCUCUCAGCCAGAUAGCAUACAGUGAAGAUGUAAUGCCAUAGAAUCCAAGCUACUUCACAGUUACAGAGUCUCUCUGCCUCCUGCUGUCAUGUGUGAAGAGAGAAGCGUAUCAAUGCAUCAGAGACACCAUAGAGAGCUGCCAGGAAUAUCAGGAAUAGGUCCUUCUGGCUACAGAGACACUGAACAUCACCCCCUCAGUUUCAAGAAAUGACAGAAAUAGUAUGCUAAUCUUUCAGAAAUACAGGAGCUGACCCAUUUUGAUCCCUUUGACACAUCUCCCUUGGGCUCCAAGGACACUCUAGACCCUGCCUUUCUACCAUAAGCUCCAGUGUGACUGUAGAUCCCAUGUACACAAAAUAUGAAGCCCUUUGAGCUCCAAGAACUAUAUAAACACACCUUCCCUUUCUCAGAAAUACUAUAGAUACCCACCUUAUGCUGCAGGGAUAGCAGAGACAGCUCUUUGGACUCCACUGAUAUCUGAGACAGUCUGCCCCAUCUAAGAACACCACUAAUCCCAUUGGACCGUAAGCAUACCAAAAAUACCGGACAUGAGAGAAUGAUCCCCCUUCAGGUUCUGAACUAAUGAUGCAACCCUUUUGGACUCCAGGAAUGCUGGAAAGAACCACUUCAGGGUAUGGAUAUAGCAGAGAUUGCCUAUGAAAAAUGAUGGUUGAAGCCCUUUCCCUUGUGUACACCUUAAUUGAAAUACCCUUUCAUUGCUCACUCUAAGCUUUAAGUUUAGUGUUGCGCCAAUGGGUGAUAUUUGCUGCUUGAGGUUGCUUGUGUGGUGUUAAACUGUGACCCUCCUUUACCAAAUCAGAGACAUUCCAUUAGCAUCACUUGGAGUACCCACAGUGGCAGCACCCUUUAUGCACUGUGCCAAGAAUCUGCAAGAAACUGAGUCCCACUGUCUGCCUAAAGAAAAUUUUGUAUAUAGCUGCUGUAUUUUUAUAAUGAACUGUUUCUCUGCAGUCCUUCUUACGAGUCACCACCACUACCACCACUGCUGCCAUUGCCACUGCCACUGCCUGAUUGUUUGCCAUGUAUUUUCCAAGUAGAUGUAGUUCUAAGCAAAAUAGAAAAAAAUUUGCAUUUGCA